AUGGACGAUACAAGUAGUCUUUUGCUUGAGAAAAUAGAUGUACAAUGUCUGGAAGAGCUUAAUUUACGCCAAGCUAAAAGCCGAAACGAUAGUGGAGAAACAGGCGACAGUGCAGAAGAGUCUCCAGAAACGGAGAAUAAUGAAUUUGACAAGGAGUUUUUCCUCGAAGAAGUGCGAACACUAUCUUGUCUUUGGAACACAAGUCUCAGCACAUAUAAAGACCGAACAGCAAAGGCCAACGCUUGGAAGAAAUUAUCAGAAAUUCUUAACAGAGAUGUUGAUUUGUUUCAAAGACAGCUGAAGAACCUGAAGGACAACCUAAAAAAGUGCCUCGACAAAAGGUCAAAAAUGACAAGAUCUGGAGCGACUGCAUCCUGCCUGCCAAUGUGCCGUUACUUUGAACAAAUGGCAUUCCUGUAUGUGGAAGGCAGUUCAAGUGGGUGCACUCCAACCAAAGAUGUACCCACCACUUCAACAAGAAUGCAGACAACAGAAGCUGCAAGGGCACACAAGCGUCCCCUCAGUUCUGAACUCUUUUCAACCAACAGAAGUGGAAACAGGAUGAAUAGAGAUGUGGUAGAACUCAUGCUUUUAAAGCAAUUAACUGACAGUGAUGCCAUGUACAAGAAAAUGACUGAAGAGGAUGACGACGAAGAUUCAUUAUAUUGCCGAAGCCUUGUACCUAUUAUGAAAGGAUUGCCUGAUAAAAAAAGAAGGCUGGCUAAAAUAAAGAUCAGUCAAUUGUUGUUUGAAGUAGAAUUUGAUGAUGUUGCUUAG